AUGCUCGUACCUAAGGAGAACCGCAGGAAGAUCUACCAGCAACUGUUCAAGGACGGUGUCCUCGUUGCAAAGAAGGACUUCAACGCACCUGCAUCCCUCGAACUCGAGGAUGUCCCCAACCUUCAAGUCAUCAAGGUCUGCCAGUCUUUGACCUCCAAGGGCUUUGUCAAGACUCAAUUCUCGUGGCAGUACUACUACUACUCUCUCACCAACGAGGGUAUCGACCACCUUCGAGAGUGGCUCCAUCUCCCAGUCGAGAUUGUCCCAGCAACACACAAGCGCGCAACACGGCCCGCUGCACCCCGUACUAUGGGUGGACCUCAGGGCGGUGCACCCAGGCAGCCACGUCGUGAGGGUGGUGCUGAUGAGUACCGUCGUCGUGAUGGCGGUGAGAAGAAGCAGGAGGGUGAUGUCAAGCCUGUCUUCCGCGAGGGCUUCUAA